AUGUGCUGCGUGCUGUGCCUGGCCAGCGGCCUGUCCCUGGAGGUGGCCGUGGACAGCUCCGUGGAGAGCUGCGUGGCGCGGUGCCUGGCGGAGUGGCGCCUGCCAGUGCGCCUGGCGGCGGGCGGCCGUGGGCUGCUGGAGAGCGGCACCCUGCGGCAGAACGGCGUGCAGGACGGGGCGGGGGGACGGGCGAAUGGCGGGAUGGCGGGAUGGGGGAGGAACUUCCUGCGGGCCUCCCUGGGCGCCUUCGCCCUUGCCGGCGGCCUCGGCUCCGGCAAGGGCUUCGCGGUGAGCUGGGGCGAGAUCUCGGGCAGGGUGCGGGCGGAUGUGCAGGAGGUCCAGUCCACAGACUUCGCCUUUGCGGCGAUCACCACGCGAGGCGUCCUGGCCUGGGGUCACCCCAACUUCGGUGGGGACUGCAGCGAGGUGCAGGACCGGCUCCGGGGUACCAAAUGCAUUCAGUCCUCCAGCGCCGCCUUUGCGGCGAUUUUGGAGACUGGGGAAGUGGUGACCUGGGGUCACCCGCUCUAUGGGGGCGACAGCUCCCAGGUGCAGGCGGACCUGGUGGGAGUGGAGGCCAUCCAAAGCUGCCGCGGCGCCUUCUGCGCGUUGACGACGCGUGGGGUGGUGGCCUGGGGCCAAGGCCCGGCUGCGCAGGCGCCGGCGCAGGCGGCGCUGGCGGCGCGGCAGGUGCAGGCGACGGAGGGGGCCUUUGCAGCGCUGGCGGAUGGGACGGUGGUGGCCUGGGGGGACCCGGAGAAGGGCGGGGACUGCCCGCCACACGUCCAAGCGCGGCUGGUGGACGUGCGCGCAGUUCAGGCCUCGCGCGGCGCCUUCGUGGCGUUGUUGGGCGAUGGCUCUGCGGUGGCCUGGGGAAGCGCUCGCAGCGGAGGGGACAGCAGCGGGGUGGAGGAGCAGCUCCGACAGGUGGUGGCAGUGCAGGCCUCCGCGCACGCCUUCUGUGCGUUGCUUGUGGAUGGCCGAGUGGUGGCCUGGGGCUCAGAAGCCCACGGGGGUGACGCCUCUGGCGCCAAAUUCCCGGCGAAUGCGGAGGUGCAGUGUGUGCAGGCCACCUCCGGCGCCUUCUGCGCGUUGCUCCGGGACGGCCGGGUGGUCUGCUGGGGCGACCCCUCGCAGGGCGGGGACUGCCGCCGCGCGCUGCUGAACGGGGCCCCCGUGGCGCAGGUCGCGGCGGCGCGGGGCGCUUUCUGCGCGCUGCUGGCGGACGGGCGAGUGGUGCCCUGGGGCUCCCAGAGGGGCGGCGGGGACGGGAAGCACCUGGCGCCCCACGUGCGCCAGGCGCGGCAGGUGGCGGCCACGGCCCAGGCCUUCGCCGUGCUGCUGUCGGAUGGGGGCGUGGUGGCCUGGGGCAGCGCCAAGUUCGGAGGGGACGGGUCCCGGGUGCGCGCGCUGCACUCCCAAAGCGCUCAGGAGGUGACGGCGCGCGCCAAAGCCGGCUCGAAGCCCGGGUCGCGGGCGCGAGAAGGCCCCCAGAACUCCAGGAUGCCGCUGAAGCGACCGAACCUGCCCGAUGCUGCGGAAGAUGUGUGGAGGGCGAUGUUUCACUAG